AUGAUGGGCGAGAAGAUGGUGAACAGAUAUCGCCGGGGUCAUCCAGCCAACGUUCAUCGGAUCAAGUCAAGACUUCCGUCAGCGGCGAGGAGAGUCGCCUAUGAUCUAGUCACCUUCUACACAGGCAACCGCACGGGAGAUGUCCCUGGUAACCUACCCGCUCCCUACUACUGGUGGGAAGCUGGCGCAUUCUUUGGAGCAUUGGUCAAUUACUGGGCCUUCACCGGGGAUGCCACGUACAAUUCAAUCACCGUGCGAGCUUUAGAACAUCAAGCCGGCGUCAAGGGGGAUUUUAUGCCAGUGAAUCAGACCUAUACCGAAGGUAACGAUGAUCAGUCUUUCUGGGCCAUGUCGGCAAUGAUGGCUGCCGAGCGGAAUUUUCCCAAUCCUGUCACCUCCAAUCUAGGGUGGUUGGGCAUGGUGCAGGGAGUCUUCAACCAACAAGCCCAUAGAUGGGACAAUAUGAGCUGCUCGGGGGGCCUACGGUGGCAGAUUUACCCUUGGAACGCAGGGUAUGGAUACAAGAACACCAUUUCAAACGGUGGCUUCUUCGAUAUCGCCGCUCGACUGGCUCGGUAUACCGGGAACGUCACAUAUGCCGAGUGGGCGGACAAAGUCUGGGAUUGGUCCGAAGGUGUCGGCUUGAUCACGCCGGAUUUCCAAAUCUUUGAUGGCACAACACAGGAGACGAAUUGCACGUCAUAUGACCGAACGCGCUGGAGCUAUACCGGUGGAAUCUGGCUUCACGGAGCUGCUGUCAUGUACAACUAUACCUCGUCAUCAUCCACAACAUCACCGUCCCAGUCCUCCGUCAAGUGGAAGUCGCGGCUCGAUGGGUUGCUCUUAGCUGCCAAUCACUUCUACCAGAAUGACUCCACAGGUGCUCAAGUGAUGCAUGAACCUCCGUGCGAGCACCAACAGAGAUGCAAUACGGAUCAAUUGUCAUUUAAGGCAUAUUUAUCCCGCUGGUUAGCCGAUGUCAUUCAACUUGCUCCCCAUACCUACUACGACAUCACUGCGAAGGUUCGCUCCACCGCAAAGGCCGCCGCUCGUCAAUGUCAAGGGGGAGAAACCGGAACUUAUUGUGGACAUCGGUGGUCUAGCGGCAAGUACGAUGGAACCAUUGGCGUAGGACAGCAAAUGGGUGUCUUGGAGGUUCUCCAUGGACUCCUCGCUACCCAUAUUAGCGGUCCCCUCACCGCGUCAACUGGUGGGACCAGUGAAGGCAAUACCUCAGCUGGCACGGCCCCAGACGAGACCGAGAUCCAGGAGAUCAUGUUUUCUCAUGUCACGACGGGCGACAGAGCCGGAGCGGCCGUGCUUACAGUAGUCUUUGUCGGCAUGCUUUUCUCUGCUGUGUACACCAUGGUCAGCUGA